GUUAUUUUUGGCAUAUAACCGAUUUCCAUUACGACCCGCUCUACACACCACAAGGUGAUAACCGUAGAUUUUGUCGGAGAAUAAACGAACGGGGCAGUUCCGGCCAUCACCAAGCGUUAGGUCGCUACGGCGACUAUUCAUGUGAUAGCUCUCUUGAGCUAAUCGAAUCAGCAGCCAAGUACAUGCGAACUCGUCAUUCAGAGAACGUUGAGUUCGUUCUCUGGACAGGAGAUAUUAUAGCAGCUCACUACAGUGGUAAUGAGGGCGACAGAUACCGGGCGAUCAGGAAUAUGACGGAGUUAUUAAGCAGGACGUUUAGUUCACACUUCGUAUUCCCAGUUCUCGGUCACUUGGACCCCACUCCCUCGGAAAGUCUUACUAAUUUAUGGAUGCAUUGGUUACCAUUAGAGGCACUGCAAACAUUCAAAAUUGGUGGAUAUUAUACAAUUGAACAGUCAUACAGUAAACUGAGGAUCGUGGCUUUGAAUACUAAUUUAUUCGGAAUUCGUGAAGUGAAUAGUGUUCCUGCUAAAGCACAAUGGGAAUGGUUAGACGCGGUAUUAGAUAAAGCGCAGGCGAAUAAAGAGAUGGUUUACAUUGUAGGCCACGCAGCACCUGGAACAGAUUUACGACCAACCUACAACGCCUUAUCAGUUGACGCGAACGCAAAGUACUUGAGAAUGGUCAGGCGUCAUGCAAAAAUUAUUGCGGGACAAUUUUUCGGUCAUCUACACGCAGACACGUUUCGUGUUAUCUAUGAUAAAGAUCAACCAGUAUCGUGGGCUCUCCUGGCACCCUCUGUUAGUCCACAUCAUGAUCCUGCAGGAUCUUCAAAUCCUGGCUUAAGACUUUACAAAUUCGAUUCCGAUACAGGGAAGGUUCUCGAUUACACACAAUAUUACUUGGAUUUGGCUGCGGCUAACCGUGCGAGCUCGGGUGGGGCUGAAUGGAGCGCAGAGUAUAACUUGACCCAGUACUAUGGGCUUCGUGAUGUGUCUGCAGAAUCAUUGCAUAAUCUAGCGGAUAAACUUCGAAUAGGUGUGCCACAGGAAACUGCAAUGUUUAACAAGUAUUUACGUGCGUACAACGUCAAACAGGAAGGUGCAGACAACUGUGACGGCGCUUGCGCUCACCAACAUUUCUGUGCUAUAACAUGCUUAGAGCAUGUUGCGUACAGACAGUGCGUCGAAGCUGCAGCUAGUGCUCUCGCGGCUUCAGCACAAUCAUCGGAAGUGCUUGCACCGAUGAUUAAAAUGCUUUCAAGUUUAGUAGUGAUCGUUUUAAUUUUGCUUUAA